UAUGGAUCGAAUUUGAACUGCAAAAAGGAGAAAAGUUGUUUGACUUGUCAAAAGAGGUGGAAAUAAGUACUAAUUGAGUUUCCAAUUAGGAUUUUUAUAGGAAGAAAAAUAUGCUGUGUGUGGAGAUGGGAGACGACAAGGUGAAGAAGGAGGCGAUGGAGUUAUUGGGGAUGUUCCAAGUGCUUCCUCGUCUCGUCGUCUUCGAUCUCGAUUACACUCUCUGGCCUUUUUACUGUGAAUGUCUCUCAAAACAGCAAAUGCCAUCUUUAUAUCCUCAUGGAAAAGAUAUAUUAUAUGCCCUGAAGGACAAAGGAGUUAAUAUUGCUAUUGCCUCAAGAUCACCGACUCCUGAUAUAGCAAACACUUUUCUUGAUAAGUUGGGGCUAUCAUCAUUGUUUGUAGCAAAGGAGAUAUUUUCCAGUUGGACACACAAGACCGAACACUUUCAAAAGAUCAAUAGGAGGACAGGGGUGCCUUAUAAGGAGAUGCUGUUUUUUGAUGAUGAGGAUCGUAAUAUAGAGGCGGUUUCAAAGAUGGGUGUGACUAGCGUAUUGGUGGACGAUGGGGUAAAUCUUGAGGCUUUGCGGCAAGGGCUCUCAGAGUUUGCUCAGAAUUCAUCUUCAGGCAAAAAGAACAAAGAAAAACGAUUAACAGAUUCAUCACAAAGUGAGUGUUAAUUGCCGCUAAAAGUACUUAUUUAGUGGCAAUUAAACUAUUCUCGUUAAUUAAUUUCCCCUAAAGAUCAUUUUUGGCAUAGUGUGAGUUACUGUAAUCCAACUGUCACAAGAUCCCCAGGCAGUUCAGGAUUUGUAUUUUUCUACAUUUAUAAAAUUCUUUUAUGCCAAUAAUGAAUUGUUUGAAUUCUCAACACCCAUAA